GUGAGCCCAGCUGUUGGCAGGCGCUGCGUUUUCCAGAUAAAUCAGAAGAGCAGCAGUGGGUGCAGAGAUUGCUCUCAUCCGAAGCAAAAUGAUUCUGUUUCCCUGUUUGAUGGUGCUGCUUGGGCUCUGCUGUGUGUCCAGAGCAGCUCCUAAAAAUCCGGGAAAAGUAGAGGAUGCCCCCUCAGGCAACACCACAGUUGUGUCAGCUGUCAACGCGACUCACUCAGCCACAAACUGGACAACAAAAAACGAUUUUUACUCUGCUUCAAAUAACAUCUCCUCCCAAAACAAGAGCGCAGAGACCAUUGAAGUGAGGAAUAUGCCUGUUGAGGAGGGAGACAUAAUGAUGACGGAGGACAGGAAUGCUGCCAACACGCUGUGGUCCAAUGCGAUCGUCCCUUAUGAAAUCAACCCUGAACUGGAUCAUCGACGGGCUGAAAUCCUGGCGGCCUUCAGGAUGAUAUCGGCAUCCACGUGUAUUCGCUUUGUAGCGCGCACAAAUGAGCUGAACUAUCUCCAUAUUAGAGAUGGAGAAGGCUGUGCAUCCUUUGUUGGCGUGAGUGGAGGAAGCCAGACUGUCUACUUUGGACCAUCCUGCGCCGUAGGUAACCUGGUGCAUGAGCUCAUCCACGCGUUGGGGUUGUACCAUGAGCACACGCGUGGUGACAGAGACCAAUUCAUCACCAUCAACUGGCCGAGCGUCAUUCCAGAUAAGAAGGAAAACUUCAAGGUGAAAUAUGGAAACACCCUAAACCUGCCUUAUGACUUUGAAUCCAUCAUGCAUUAUGGGACGACUUAUUUCAGUGUGGAUGGAAGUCCGACUAUCCUGGUCAACGAUAACAAGGAUGUUGGUCAGAGGACACAUCUGAGUGCUCUGGACAUAAGGAAACUAAAGGCCCUCUACCGCUGCUAAACAUGAUCCACCUGCAAACGGGUCUCAGCACCAGAUCCAUGGAUGCAGCUGUUAAACUGACGGGUUUUUCACAUGGGUUUAAGGUGUGAGUGAAAUAAAAUGUUU